AACUGCAGAUUUAGACUUGGCUCUGGAUCCUGAAGUUGACUAGAGGGAACAGAAGAAACAAGACUCCAUUGCAUUCCUUGUUAUAGUGAUUUUACUUGGCUUUUCUUGUUAUCUUUGGUGUUUGAAUAUCAGUUCUGAUGUCUGAGCUGAGAUGAGUUGUGAAGCAAAUCUAGUAGUGUUUACAUCUGAGGACUUGAAACUUUGCACCAACAAUUUUCACAAGAACAAUCUUAUUGGAUUGACCCAGUUUGGCAAAUUAUACAGAGGUCAGAUUAAGCAACAAGGGUUUAGCAUUGGAUCACAAGCUGGAGAUGUUACUGUGAAAGUAUGGGAUGAAAGAUCAAGCUGCAUAACAUUCACAAAUGAUGAGUUUCUCAUGGUCAAGGAAGAAAUUCAAUUCUUAACACAUCCAAGUAUAAAGGGUCAUCCAAACUUGGUGAAUUUGAUUGGAUAUUGCUGUGAGAAGGAAGUGAAGGGUGUUAUCUAUGACCUUAGUCCAUGGGACACCCUUCACAAUUUGAUCCCAAAAGAUAACAUCAACUGGGUUCAAAGGGUGAAUGUGCUUCUACAAUUUGCACAACUACUUGAAUUUCUACACAACAAGGAAAAGCCAUAUCUGGUGUUGAAUACUAAUGCGUCUCAUAUAAUGCUGGAUUGGGAGGGCAAGCCAACACUAGUUGAUUAUGGAUUAAUUAGUGGAGGAAUCAUUGGUGAAAUGACACCACUAAAAAAGAAGAUGCCUAUGCACACCAUUGGCUUUGUUGAUCCAUUUUUUGCUGCAAAAGGUGGUAGUUACUGGGAUACCAGCUGUGAUGUGUUUUCAUUUGGUGUGAUUCUGCUGGGACUAAUAGCCAAGAGAAAUUCUGAGCUAGAAAAUGUAGGGAAGCCUCAGUUGGGCCUGGACAGUCUGGUGCACAACUGGGCCAAGAAUGUAUACAGGCCCAAUUUUUCACUUGUACACAGAAGCUUGCAGGAAGAUUGGGGUUAUUUUACUGAAGAUGGUACUGCAAUUACAGAACUGGGAAUGAGAUGUGUUGAAUUCUUUCCGGUAAAUCGUCCGACAAUGAAGAAGGUUGUAGAGUGUCUUCAAGGUUUGCUGGGUUUUCGACGCCUUGAAGAUGCUAGACCUAACAAAAGGGAGAAGACAUUUCAUGGAAACUAA